AUGGAGGACACUAAAUCCCACCACACCUGCGACCGUAUUGAAUUCCUCCCAAGACUCGCCAAACUUGGACACCCAGCCACGGCAGCUGAAAUUGCUACCUCUUUGCAGUUGACGGAGCGAUACGUGCAGGAGCUUUGCAACGCAUUAGCAUGCUUUGAGCUAUUGACAUAUGAUGCUGCAGCUGCCUCCUAUGCUGUUCCUGAAGCAACACGAAUUGUGCUAGGCAGUGAAGUCAACAGGGAUACCUUUGAUGGUGUUGCUCAGGCUAUACACAGUCUUCAUGGUGUCGCUGACAAAGUUGCUGACAGCAUUAAGGGGGAGACAAAAGGUGUCCCCUUUGGUGCCUUCACUGGUAUCGUUGAAGCCAUCAAGGGCAUGAACCAACCGGCCAUUAUCGCAGGUGAGAUCUUCAAUUGGACCAGACCUUUACAGCAGCAGCUCGAGCAAGGUAUUCGCUGGGUCGAUGUCGGCUGCGGUAGUGGUCAAUUCGUGUUGCAGCUUGCACAGCGUUACGCAGACUCCAAAUUUCUAGGCAUCGACUUGUCCAUUGAGUCUAUUGCCGCUUGUCAGGCUUCUCUUGAUGCUAUAUCGCCACCCCUGACGAACGUCACAUUCAAGGCCAUCCCCAUUGAGAAGCUUGACUCGGUGAGCCUGGGUGGCGACAUUGACAUCCUCUCCACCUUUGAUGUCAUCCACGAUGUGCCUGGUUCUUCAGCAGCAUUGAAGGGCAUCUACAAUGCCCUCAAGAAGGGUGGCUAUUACUUUAUGGUCGAGCCCAAGGUCUCAUCCAAUGUGGAGGACAAUAUUGGACCCAGAGGUGGAUUCAUCUACAGCAUCUCACUCAUGCAUUGUUUGACGCAGAACCUUGCCAACGAUGGUGAAGGCUUGGGUGCUGGCUGGGCUUGA